AUGGCGCUUAUUAAGCUCCUGAACAACACCGCAGAUAUAAGCAAAAUGGUCUACCCCACAUUCAGCUACCAAGCCUGGAUAGGGCUGUACGAUGACCAUGUCCUGGGCAACUGGGGGUGGUCACUGUCAGACCCAAGUUUCUACAAACCCGGGGAGACGGAGUUCAGACCAUGGGCAUCUGGAGAACCAAACCUUGUAACUAAUGACAGAGCCUGCACCAGGUUCUAUAAAGGGCAAUGGAUCGACGACGACUGUCAGUCGGCCUGGGGGUCAGUCUGCAUGGAUGUCAACGGUUCAGCUGUGACUUUUGUCUUUGUCAACAUUGCGAUGUCAUGGUUCGAUGCCCAGACCUACUGCAGAGAACACCACACAGACCUGGCCAGCGUGAGAAACGCCGCAGACAACCAGAAGGUACUGGGGGCGAUACCUUACUUAGGAAUAGUCUGGAUCGGCCUUUUCAGAGACACCUGGAAGUGGUCGGAUGGAAGUAACUCCUCAUUCAGGUUCUGGCAAAAGGGGCAACCUGACAGCGGCGAGACUUGCGUGGCUGCAGACUUCAGCAAUUCUGGAAAAUGGGGGGACUGGACCUGUGACUGGAAGAGAUCAUUCAUUUGCUACGGUCCAGGUGAGUACUAG